AUGGAGAACAUGAUGCAGGGCAAUAAGAUCAGACGAGUUGCAGCUACUCGCAUGAAUGAGAGGUCAUCUCGAUCACACACGAUUUUCCGGAUUAUUCUGGAGUCGAAAGAUGCCAAUCAGAAAGAUGGACCUGUACAUAUAAGCUACCUUAACUUAAUGGACUUAGCUGGUUCUGAGAGAGUUUCUCUGACGAAAGCUGCUGGUGAGCGUCUUAAAGAGGGGGCUAACAUAAACAAAUCUUUGUCAGUAUUAGGAAAUGUGAUAAGGCAACUAAGCGAGGGGAAGGAGUUUAUCAGUUAUCGCGAUUCGAAAUUGACUAGACUGCUCUCACAGGCUCUUGGCGAUGUAUAUGGAUCUGUAGUAAAACCUUUAGUCGAUUCCUUCAUGGAAGGUUUCAAUGCCACAAUAUUUGCAUAUGGCCAAACAUCUUCUGGCAAAACACACACCAUUUUGGGCAAUAAAACAGAUCCUGGGCUUUUCCAAUUAGUAUCCAAUCAGUUAUUCCAGCAUGUGGCAGACCAGGUUGAUAAGAGGUACUUGAUUAGAUGCAGUUAUAUUGAAAUCUACAAUGAAAAGAUCAAUGACCUCCUGGAUAAGAGCAAUCAGGGUUUAACUAUGAGAAGAUAUCAAAGGAAAUGUGCUGCAAUGGAAGCUGUCGUAGACAAUGUUGAUAAAGUUAUGGAGAACAUGAUGCAGGGCAAUAAGAUCAGACGAGUUGCAGCUACUCGCAUGAAUGAGAGGUCAUCUCGAUCACACACGAUUUUCCGGAUUAUUCUGGAGUCGAAAGAUGCCAAUCAGAAAGAUGGACCUGUACAUAUAAGCUACCUUAACUUAAUGGACUUAGCUGGUUCUGAGAGAGUUUCUCUGACGAAAGCUGCUGGUGAGCGUCUUAAAGAGGGGGCUAACAUAAACAAAUCUUUGUCAGUAUUAGGAAAUGUGAUAAGGCAACUAAGCGAGGGGAAGGAGUUUAUCAGUUAUCGCGAUUCGAAAUUGACUAGACUGCUCUCACAGGCUCUUGGCGAUGUAUAUGGAUCUGUAGUAAAACCUUUAGUCGAUUCCUUCAUGGAAGGUUUCAAUGCCACAAUAUUUGCAUAUGGCCAAACAUCUUCUGGCAAAACACACACCAUUUUGGGCAAUAAAACAGAUCCUGGGCUUUUCCAAUUAGUAUCCAAUCAGUUAUUCCAGCAUGUGGCAGACCAGGUUGAUAAGAGGUACUUGAUUAGAUGCAGUUAUAUUGAAAUCUACAAUGAAAAGAUCAAUGACCUCCUGGAUAAGAGCAAUCAGGGUUUAACUAUAAGAGAAGAUAUCAAAGGAAAUGUGCUGCUUGAUGCAAGGGAAGCUGUCGUAGACAAUGUUGAUAAAGUUAUGGAGAACAUGAUGCAGGGCAAUAAGAUCAGACGAGUUGCAGCUACUCGCAUGAAUGAGAGGUCAUCUCGAUCACACACGAUUUUCCGGAUUAUUCUGGAGUCGAAAGAUGCCAAUCAGAAAGAUGGACCUGUACAUAUAAGCUACCUUAACUUAAUGGACUUAGCUGGUUCUGAGAGAGUUUCUCUGACGAAAGCUGCUGGUGAGCGUCUUAAAGAGGGGGCUAACAUAAACAAAUCUUUGUCAGUAUUAGGAAAUGUGAUAAGGCAACUAAGCGAGGGGAAGGAGUUUAUCAGUUAUCGCGAUUCGAAAUUGACUAGACUGCUCUCACAGGCUCUUGACGAUGUAUAUGGAUCUGUAGUAAAACCUUUAGUCGAUUCCUUCAUGGAAGGUUUCAAUGCCACAAUAUUUGCAUAUGGCCAAACAUCUUCUGGCAAAACACACACCAUUUUGGGCAAUAAAACAGAUCCUGGGCUUUUCCAAUUAGUAUCCAAUCAGUUAUUCCAGCAUGUGGCAGACCAGGUUGAUAAGAGGUACUUGAUUAGAUGCAGUUAUAUUGAAAUCUACAAUGAAAAGAUCAAUGACCUCCUGGAUAAGAGCAAUCAGGGUUUAACUAUAAGAGAAGAUAUCAAAGGAAAUGUGCUGCUUGAUGCAAGGGAAGCUGUCGUAGACAAUGUUGAUAAAGUUAUGGAGAACAUGAUGCAGGGCAAUAAGAUCAGACGAGUUGCAGCUACUCGCAUGAAUGAGAGGUCAUCUCGAUCACACACGAUUUUCCGGAUUAUUCUGGAGUCGAAAGAUGCCAAUCAGAAGAUGGACCUGUACAUAUAA